CGGUGGCGGACGCAACGGCGUGGUAAGUACCGAGUUCUCGCGAGCGGAUCUCUCGCGCGGGAUCGCGAGCCGACCUCGGGCCUUGACGGCCACGCGGCACCCUCGGGAGCCCAACCCUCGGCCGACCUCCGCCCCCGCGGGGCCGCAUCGCACCCAUGGCGGACGAGGACGGCAACGCGUGCGAGGACUCCCUCGGCCCGGGGGACUCCACCACCGCCUUCGCCAAGAAGCUGCGCGGCCGCAAGGGCGCCCUCAAGAAGAAGAACGUCUACAUGGUCAAGGACCACAGCUUCAUGCCCCGCUUCUUCAAGCAGCCCACCUUCUGCAGCCACUGCAAGGACUUCAUUUGGGGCUUUGGAAAACAGGGAUACCAAUGCCAAGUGUGCAGCUUCGUCGUCCACAAGAGAUGUCACGAAUACGUCACAUUCACGUGUCCUGGAGCUGACAAGGGCGCCGAUUCCGACGCCGUGAGCGCUCCACACAAAUGGGAUGUUUUCACGUACCUGACGCCGACCUUCUGCGACCACUGCGGCUCGAUGCUUCACGGCAUCGCGCAUCAGGGACUCAAGUGCUCAGCAUGUGAUAUGAACGUUCACAAAAGAUGCGAGGAGAGCGUACCGAACCUUUGCGGAUGCGACCACACCGAGCGUCGCGGACGCAUCAAUCUUCACAUCACCUGCACCGGAAACAAACUCACCGUCGAAGUGAAGCAAGGGAGGAAUCUCAUUCCGAUGGAUCCGAACGGACUGUCGGAUCCCUACGUCAAGCUGAAAUUAAUUCCCGACUCGGACAACGUCAAGAAGAAAACGAAGACGAUCAAGUCCUCCCUGAAUCCGGAAUGGAACGAGACAAUCAUUUUCGAUCUCAAGCCAGAAGACAAAGACAGGAGACUGCUGAUAGAAGUCUGGGACUGGGAUCGGACGUCCAGGAACGACUUCAUGGGCUCCUUAUCCUUCGGCAUCUCCGAGCUCAUCAAGGCCCCCGCCAGUGGCUGGUUCAAACUCCUGACCCAGGAGGAGGGCGAGUUCUACAACGUCCCCGUUCCCGAAGAGGGAGUUGACCUCGCCGAGCUCAAGAGCAAGAUGCGAAAAACCUCGGUGACGAAAAAGUCAACAGUGCCGCAGGAUAAGGAAGUUCCGCACAACAUGGGCAAGAGCGACGUGAUCCGAGCUUCGGACUUCAACUUCCUCAUGGUUCUCGGGAAAGGCAGCUUCGGCAAGGUCCUCCUGGCAGAGCGGAAGGGCACGGACGAGCUCUACGCCAUCAAGAUCCUGAAGAAGGACAUCAUCAUCCAGGACGACGACGUGGAGUGCACGAUGGUGGAGAAGCGCGUCCUGGCGCUGUCGAGCAAGCCGCCCUUCCUCGUUCAGCUGCACUCCUGCUUCCAGACGAUGGAUCGGCUUUACUUCGUCAUGGAGUACGUCAACGGCGGGGACCUCAUGUUCCAGAUCCAGCAGUGCGGCAAGUUCAAGGAACCCGUUGCGGUAUUCUAUGCCUCGGAAAUAGCGAUCGGUCUAUUUUUCCUUCACGUUCGGGGCAUCGUUUACCGGGAUCUCAAGCUUGACAAUGUCCUGCUGGACCACGACGGCCACAUCAAGAUCGCGGACUUCGGAAUGUGCAAGGAAGGCAUCACCGGGGACAAGAUGACGAAGACUUUCUGCGGCACUCCGGACUACAUUGCCCCGGAGAUCAUUUUGUAUCAACCUUAUGGCAAGUCCGUUGACUGGUGGGCCUAUGGGGUUCUUCUGUACGAAAUGCUGGUGGGUCAGCCUCCCUUCGACGGGGAAGACGAAGAGGAACUCUUCGCAGCCAUAACCGAUCAUAAUGUCAGCUAUCCGAAGAGUCUCUCCAAGGAGGCCAAAGAAGCAUGUAAAGGGUUCCUGACGAAGAAUCCGAGCAAAAGAUUAGGCUGUGGUCUCAGAGGCGAAGAGGACGUGAGGAGCCAUGCCUUCUUCAGGCGCAUAGAUUGGGACAAGAUUGAAAAUCGCGAGGUGCAGCCACCGUUCAAGCCAAAGAUCAAACACCGCAAGGACGUGAGCAACUUCGACAAGCAGUUCACCUCGGAGAAGACCGACCUGACGCCGACGGACAAGCUCUUCAUGAUGAACUUGGACCAGACCGAGUUCAUGGGUUUCUCGUUCCUGAACCCUGAGUUCGUGCAGCACGUUUAAGGCGAUCCGUCUGUCCCGCUCUUUCCCCCUCCGGUGCGCUAUCCCCUCUCUGUCUCUGUUUCGCCUCACGUUGUAUCAUCUGCGCAUGGUCUCUUGCAUCCUAUGGCACGAAGGAAGGAGAGGCUUCGACGAAACCACCGAUCAGGCGUGAGACUCUCUCGCGGGGUGUGACAAUCGAAUAUAGAAUCGGGUUGCGGCCCACGUCAGGGCGAACUCGACGCGCAGGUUAGGAAAAUGGCAAAAUGGCGGCCAAGGACCGACGCCGAGUCCGCUCGGCUCUGCUGGCGGCUUCGCGUGGACAAGGAAACGCGCAACGAUCGGCAACCGAUACACCCACGAAGUGGUAUCGGAUACAACGCCAGCAAAAUGUGGACCCCACUUUAGGGGUCCAAGAUCUUCGGAUUUUGGCUGAUUUAGGACCGAGAACGCCGCCUCGAUGUAAUUUUGCAAUUCAAAAUUAUCGUCCGCUAGUCUUUAUCGCGUUAAAAACGUCGCAUUCUGUACACGAUCCGCGGAUUAUCGUUUCGCUUUCAUUUCACCAUCUCCCGUGUUUGUGCAAUACAUAAAGUGCGUAAGUGUACCACUUUCUUAUAAUAACAAAUAUACGUAUUCGUUAGAAAACUUGGAAUAUCAAUUCUCAUGAAAUUUAUAGAUAUGUGAGUUCCGCGUCCGUGUGAAGGAAAUUAAAGCCAAGAUGGCGGAUUUCCGCGUAUCCACGUCCACGUGAAGCCGCCAAAAGCGAACCGUCUUCGUUCUGCGUACGGAUAUAUAUAUUGCAUUUACUUCAGUAGCCUCUACUGUCGCCUUCCAGAGUAAUAUGUGUAUAUAUGUGCACAGGUGUACACACUUGCGACAAGUCGGUGUACAGGUUAUGUAUGCAUAUAUAUAUAUACAUACAUCUACGUAUACAUAUACAUCAAGUUUCUAUCGGAAUUUCGUUAAUGUUGCACCUUUUGAAGCGAGUUUAACUUCGUUAGCGCGUAGUCGAGUUAAUUGUUAGAUAGGGAUAUACAUAUAUAUACAUAUAUAUACAUAAUACAUAAUAUAUCCCCAGAGGACCCAUAGGAGAACUAGGUCCUCUUUCUUUACUGACUUUCCUCCCAAGGAGGACGCGAUGCGAAAAAGCAACCCUUACCCUGUCCCUUCCCUUAGUGCGUGGACCCUGCGUAACAUGUCCCUUUUCGGAAGACUUUACGGUGAGGCGAACGUGCUGCUUCGCUGACAGAUUUGGACGAACUACAGCUUCUUUAUGUAUCUGGGCAUUUGUGCAAGAAAUUCUCUUUUAAGGUGAAGUGGAACACGUGGAGAAAUUUCAUCGACUCCGGUAAAAGGGAUGCUUCUAAAUACCUACGUUACCGACGUUCGCAUUUGUAUCGACAGCUCUUUCGAAUUAUAUUGGGUAUUAUACUAAAUGGCAUACUCCAUAUGUCGUUUCCGUGCAAUAAUUAUAAAGAAAUCGAAGUAAAACUCUAGAAAUCCCCUGGAUUCAUAGUUUUUGAUGCCCUAGUUGAGUACGGAGCGUCACCCUGCGCCAUCUGUGAUUUUAGUGUCAACUAAAGUUUCUAAACAACAUAUGGAGUAUGUCAUUUAGUACAGUACCCAAUACAAUUCGACACAGCUGUCGAUAUAAAUACGAACAUUGGUAACGAGGGUAUUUGGAAGAAUCUUUUUUACCGACAUCGAUCAAAUUCCUCGAUGUGUUUCGCUUCACCUUAAACGAGAAAGUGAUUCGCGUCUCUAUGAAACAGUUUGUGAAUUACUCACGGUUAUUUCCAACGUGUCGUUAUCGAAGCUACCAGAUAUUGUAGUUUGCUCAAACCUAUUCGUCGGUACCUUUAAAUCACCCUAAUGCCUUCCCUUCCUUGUAGCAUAGAAUUCUGAAAUUUUCGCUCCUUUUCAGCUGAAAUUUCUUCUAACGCACUGAGGAAAAAAAUAUAGCUGUCGGAAUCACUUGUUAACCACACAUAUGGUGUGUUUUGGAACGAGUGUUGUUUAGGAAUCAUAAGAAAUGUGAAGGAUUGGAUGGCAGUUAACCUCACUUCGGUGUGCAAGUAAAUCAUGGUUGUAAGAACCUUGUCGCCGCGCAGGACAGAUCGCUUGAACGAAACAUCUUAUUUUUAUAAGAUGUUUGUAAAUUCAUUACCGAUCGGAGAUCUGUGCAAGAUCUAAACAUUACAAUCAACGACAUUUUGUCACAUUUCAAACUUAAUUUUAAUUUUAAUAGAACAUGUCUUCAACGUGGAAGUUCUGUUUGCGAAGAAAUGCACCAUGCCAACACUUCAUUAACUUAGCGUAACCUCAAUUCGCGGACGUUAAGCAUGCUGCGUAGUAAAAAGUUCAAGGUUGGAUCCACCUUAUCAUGGUUUAAAUGCUCCGAAACAUAAUCGAACCGACCAUGAUUGCAAUUUUAGGAACACUACCACUCUCGACGAGCAAUCGUGGUCUAUCCGAUUGUCAUUUUUUUUUUCUCAGUGCGAGAUCCAGUCGACGAGGUCGGUAUCGGCGCAGUGGUGAACACUUUGCCGUCGAACUUUUCGGAAAGUUUUUUAUAGAUCCACGAGGAAUUCUUAAAUACCGAAAUAUUCAUUCUUACGAAUUUAACACACCCGAACUUAGCGUUAAGAAGUCUGUGGCAUUUUACGCAUACGCGUAUAUUAGUAUGCAAGUGUGUAUACUUGGCGCGAAACUCUAUCGGGAUUCCUGAUUAUUAUGUCGAGUUAGCUUAGUCGAUACCGUGGUUCUUUUACCCGUUCCAUUUUGAUCUCACCUCAUGGACAUAAGAUACAUGGAUGCUGCGAGGUGAUCCGAUCACGAAAACAGCAAAACCAAAAGAUAAACAAUGGAAUGACUGCCUCGUCGUUUUUUUUUUUCUUUUUACGUGAAACCGUUGCGCUACAUAAUGGUACGUCUACCAGCAAGAGAUGGAAAGAAAGAAAAUAGAUCCUCCGUUCUUUCUCUUUUCGUUCCACGGUCUUCGUAAUUGGAUCAACGUGUGGACUCCACGUGGCGAAAUUACGAAAAGUUGCAAAAGCACUUUCUGCAAGGUUUCGACGUGUCUCCACCAAAAUCUGCUGCCGACCUGGUUUCUGGUUCGACAAAUAGCUCAAUGAAACGGUUGCAUAUAUAUAGAGGUCUGGAAACUCCCAUAGUGAAAGAGGAACAAUCGUCGUAAACGGUUUUCAUGAAUCGUUUGCUCGAAAAAGUCGCCAAGGCAGAGUAAGGUCUAUGAAACAGAUGAAAAUACAUCCUCGCUCCCUAUCUUUGUUGUGCUCGCACCCGGAGGAGGGUUUUUUUAGAGGUUAUAUUUAACGGAACUGUGCCGCAUCGCAGCGCCGCGUAGUGGCAGUUUGAGGAAAGAAAAGAUGCUGGCACCCACCGUCGAAAUCUUAAAGAAAUUUUCAGACACGUAUGUUAGAACGCGAUCUAACGUCCGGUCGGGGAACUUUGCCAAAUUUUCCAAUGACAAGGUCCAUGUUGUGUGGAUCAAACUUUACCUUACCUUAGUGACAAGUGGGGAGAAUUUCGACAAAAUCGUCUACGAAUGUAAAGUUUUCCCUACCGUAAGAGUUUCGAGACCUGGGACCCGAUUCUCGAGUUCGUACGAUCAACUUUUGCACGCGAUAUUACUUUCACAUAAUUUUCUUAAUUUUUCGUGCGAAAAAAAUCCGCAUGAACGCAAGAAUCGGGUCCCUGUAUAUACGACCGUCCGGAGCGAUCAUCCGACGUUUACCUGACUCGUUGCAACGACGUAACGAUUGCGUCAGGAUUGAAAUCGUCACGUCGUUGUUGCUAGUCGCGUCGACGGGGUCGAAGCUCCACUAGGACCACCGAAAUAUUAUACGUGGUCGACCCGGAUCGCCGAUCUCCCGGUUACCCUCGAUUCGACGAUCGGCCUCGUACGAAGAAUUCCGAAUUUUCCGUAGAAGCCUAGAUACAAAUAUGGGCUUGAUGCGCCCUAAGUUUGAUAACGAACAUUUUUUCGGAGUUGAAUGAAAGAUCGUACGAUAUUUCAUGUUAUAUUAUGUAAGAAACGGGUACUGUGAGCGAGAUAAAGGAAGCACGUAAUCUACAAUCUAUCGUCGUAAAAUUAAGGUAAUGUGAAAGUAACGUCAAUAUGGACUCUAUAAGAAAGGUCCUGACACCCAUGGAAUUCCAAUAUAAUUAAAAUUUGUUUAUAGAUAUUUGAUUAAUUUGUUAUAAAAAAUGAAAUUUCACGUGGGUCAGGACCGUUCUUAUAGCGUCCAUGUUUAUGUUGUGAACUUUGAAACGAUUCGGUACACCCAAUUUGGAGAAAAGUUGAUUGACGAACAAAGGUGAUAUGAAAGUGGCU